AAAUCUGGGGGUGUAAUGUUAUCAUAUAUCACGCUACCUCGUAAAACCGACACGGAAGCCUACCGGACCACAAAUCACCUCAAAAUUAUGAGUUCUUCGUAUUAUGUGAACGCUCUUUUUAGCAAAUAUACGACGGGGGCUGCUUCUCUUUUCCAAAAUGCGGAGCCCACGUCUUGCUCCUUUGCUACCAACUCGCAGAGAAGCGGCUAUGGACCAGGCGCUAGCGCGUUCACCUCCUCCAUGCCUGCCUUGUACAACGUGAACAGCACCAUAUAUCAAAGCCCGUUCUCUUCCGGAUACAGCCUGGGCUCAGAUGCCUACAACCUGCAUUGCUCCUCUUUUGAUCAGAACAUUCCCGUCCUUUGCAAUGACUUAACCAAACCCAGCUGUGACAAAGCGGAGGACAGCAACCUGCACAGCCAGGCGGAGAGUAAUUUCCGGAUAUACCCCUGGAUGAGGUCUUCAGGUCCGGAUAGGAAGAGAGGGCGUCAGACCUAUACCCGUUACCAAACUCUGGAGCUGGAGAAAGAGUUCCAUUUCAACCGCUAUCUGACCCGGCGGCGGCGGAUAGAGAUCGCCCACGCCCUGUGCCUGACCGAGAGGCAGAUCAAGAUUUGGUUUCAAAACCGGCGCAUGAAAUGGAAGAAGGAACAUAAAGAAGAAGCUGGCGGCGGCGGCGGCGGGGGCAGCGGCGCCCCGGCGGCCAACGACAGCACAUCAGCUACUGCCUCUGUGGAGAAAGUGGAGGAGGAGGAGGAGGAAGAAGAGGAAGAGGAAGCGGAAUGAACGGACAACUCCCCACCCCCCUGUCUCCCGGGCUCUUGCUCGCCGGAGCCCAGCGCUCGUCUUCUGUAUGCACGUGACAUUGUAAACGCUCUCUUCAAAUAAUAAUUAAAAUCUGUUUAAAAAGGAGACCCUUGCAAUCGCGAAUUCCAAUUAUAAGGGAUGGGGGGGAGAGGUGAGUUCACCUCGACUGGCCCUUCCGCAUUCCCAGAGCACCCGAGACAUAGCUCUG